AUGGGCAAACUCAACAGCCGUCCGAGGAGAGACCGUGAGGCUGCCCAUCAAUUGGGCUUGUCUGAGACCGCCUGUCCGGGCCACAGAGACCCUAAUCACUCCGGUACCACGUGGAGGUUUCUAAUUGGAUACAUGAUCCCAUUUAUAGUGAGCUUUGGGGGCACAACUACACACUUCAGGAAUGCUGGAACUGAAGACUUCAAAGGAAAAUAUCACAAAAUCAAGGCACACCAGCGCAUUCACGCGAAUGAUAGUCCGCGUAGGCGUGUGCGUCUGUGUGAAGAUUACUCGGAAAGCAGAUGGGUCGGCAAAUGUCGGCUGGUCCGAGGGAGAUGGGCUGGGCUGCAGAUGAGGCUGUCGCUGAGGCUGGGAGGGGCCUAUGACCGGGAGGCCUCUACGUCCGGGAAGGCGAGCUCCGCCGGAUCGGGAAAGGACUAA